GGCAAAUAAUUUAUGCACACACACACAUACACAGACUUAUAUACAUAUCAAUUAGUAGUAGUAUUUGUUUUGUUGUAGUAGUAUUGAUAGAUUUUAUCGUUAUUGAUUUUUUGUUUGUUGCCCACAAUCAACUAUUUUUUGUUUCAUUACCUCUCCUUCCUUCCUUCCAUCCAUCCUUCCUCACCACCCUCCGCGCCCAACCUGUCUUCUGCUCUGGUGGUGGUCAUGCACAGUUGCGUUGUGAUGUUGUACCCAAAACCGUUGAAAAUUUUCGUGCCCUGUGCACGGGCGAAAAAGGAUACGGCUACAAGGGUUGUACAUUUCAUCGCAUUAUACCCGAUUUUAUGUGUCAGGGUGGUGAUUUUACGGCUCACAAUGGUACCGGUGGCAAGUCGAUAUAUGGCGCAAAAUUUGAAGAUGAAAAUUUCACCCUGAAACACGAAGGACCCGGCAUACUCUCAAUGGCAAAUUCGGGUCCCAAUUCGAAUGGAUCGCAGUUCUUUAUAUGUACGGCCAAAACGCCAUGGCUGGACGGUCGUCAUGUGGUGUUUGGGAAAGUCAUUGAAGGUUUGGAGGUUGUGAGACAAAUGGAUGAAUUGGGCCGGCGUAAUGGUACGCCGAGCAAGAAAGUUGUCAUAGCCGAUUGUGGUCAGUGUGAUGUGAAAGUGUAGGGGAAUACUACAAAAAAAAGCGAACUUUCCUGGUGUACAUAUCAUAAAUUAGUUAGAUGGAUUGAUUAAUUUGAAUAAAAAGAAUGGAAAAACUAUUUUGAACCACCACCUUUAUUAUUUUUGGAGGAGGCUUUUUCGUUGGAAGUAAAGCAAGAAUUACUUUGAAAAUUCCUUGGCUAUUGUUUUAUGAAAGAUAGUAGUUUAGUUUUUGUAAAAAUGUGUGUUUGUGUUAACAAAACUAACCCCCCUCCACUGGUAUCCAUCCCUCCUUUCCGUAAUUAAUUCACAUCACACAUAUACAUACCAUACCCAUACCUCAUACACCAAAAACCAUCUAAUCAUGUCUUUUUCUGUGGUCCAUCCAUGUGU